CCCCAAAGACAAGCAGUCAACCGCGGGCAGGUGUCCGCCACGCUCCUCUGCGUUUUCGGUCGGAAGUGAACGUGUCCCGUUUCCGAGGGAGUCCACGCCUUCCCUUUCGGUCAUGAUGAGAGGAAGGCAGGCGAGUGAGGAGGAACGCCGUCGUCGUCAUAGUAGUAACUCGCCGUGUUGUUGUAGCAAGCUAGUCGUCUCCUAGUUUAACCCAUCGGCGGUGCUAGUUUCUCGUCUGUAUAUAUAUUUUUUUAUUCAAUAUUCACAACAUAAGCCGUCCGUAAUUAAUUUCCUCGGCGGACGAGGAGGAGCAUCCCACUUUUAUUACCCGCGACGACCCACAACACGGACUCGAGAGCGACAGGAAAGGCUGGCAGGAGUCAACAUGUUCGAGACAAGAGGAAUGCCAUUCGUGGUUCUCGACGUCGUCUGCCUUGUUUUAGGGGGCCUGCCCCUGGCGGCCUUCAACCUGGGUAAGAUCAGUCCCUACCAGAGGGGCUUUUUCUGUAGCGACGACAGCAUCAAGUACCCUUUCCACCACAGCACCGUCACCUCCACUGUGCUCUACACGGUGGGCUUCUCGCUGCCCAUUAGCUGCAUGAUAUUCGGUGAGUGCCUCUGCGUGUACCUCAAGCGCCUGCAGUCCAAGUCGUCAUACGGCAGCUACGUGGCGCGCGUCUACAAGGUGGUGGGCACCUUUCUGUUCGGCGCCGCCAUGAGCCAGUCGCUCACCGACAUCGCCAAGUACUCCAUCGGCCGCCUCCGGCCGCACUUCCUGGAUGUGUGCAAGCCCGACUGGAAGCGGGUCAACUGCUCGCCGGGCGCCUACGUGGAGCAUUUCGCCUGCACCGGAAACCCCACCAUGGUCAACGAGGGCAGGUUAUCUUUCUAUUCUGGCCACUCAUCCUUCUCUAUGUACUGCAUGCUGUUCCUGGCGCUGUACCUGCAGGCCCGUAUGCGUGCAGAGUGGGCUCGCCUGCUGAGGCCCACCAUCCAGUUCUUCCUGAUCGCAGCCUCUGUGUACACGGGGCUGUCGCGCGUGUCUGACUACAAGCACCACUGGAGCGAUGUGCUCACCGGCCUCCUGCAGGGGGCGCUGAUGGCCAUACUGGUGGUGUUUUUCGUGUCCGACUUUUUCAAGCAGUCCCUGAAGGCCCGCAACGAGGCCAACAUCCCCCACACCAACCUCCAGGAGACCCCCACCAACGGAAACCACUUUGAGAGCCCAAACUAAAACCUUGCACAUUUUAAUCGCCUGCAUGCCGAGUUGAUGCACCUCAGGCCUCCUAUUUUAUUUUAUUCCAACGUUGUCUUUUAAAUGUGCUUCCAGCGACGGAUGCUGGCUAAAGACUGUCCAGGAAGGGCGCCAUUUUAUCUACUGAGCCGGUGGGAAGAUUGUAUUGCAUGCACCCACCGGUGAAAGGAGAGGAUGAGGGGAGACCACUACUGUGUAUAACCUGUGAAUGUAAUGUAAGCCUGCUUUGUGCAUUUCUCUACCAGGAGUCAAUCUACUUAAAGCUCCCACUGAGGUUCAUGUUGAGGUUAUAAACUCCUGCAAAUGCGGCACUUUUUCCCUGUGAGGCCUUCAUGUGACUGCUAAGCUAACGCUGCUGCUGUGAUAUCCCAAAACAAGGCAACUUAGGGCCUGAGAAGAGUAUUUGGAAAAAGAAAGAAAUACUGAACCCACAAAAGUAUGUUUGUGUCUUCUGUCUGUCAACCACAGACUUUUAUUGCAAAAACAUAUGUUAAAUAUGUUCAAGUGUCUAAAACAAAAGCAGGACAAAUAAAGCCAUAUCACAUAUUAACACUAAGAAAAAAGGAUGUGGAGUUG